UGCGCAGGCGCAGUUGCUGCGCGGCCGCUCCUAGCCCGGGGGAUCCUGGGACCAGGCCUCUCCGGAAGGACUGGCUCGGUGUCCGGUACUCGGCCCGUGUUCCCAGGCCCUGGUCCAGACCCAGGCUUGUGUUCCAGGCCUUGCUUGAAGAUCGGCUGGCGGCCGCGGCGACUCUCUAGCGACAGCGGAGGAGGCAGCGGGCCGUUCGCUGUGGUGCCGGCCUCGCCGCCGACCGAGCCGCGGAGCUUCGGUACGUGGUGGUUCCUCCCCCUCGGCCCGGAGCGGAACUGCUGGAGGAGUGGCGGCGCAGGCCGGAUGAGGUGAACCGGGUCAUUUAACUGCCUCCAGGUGAUGAGUCAUCAGCCUAAUAAUCAGAUUUGAGGUCCGCGGUCCUUCGUGGUCCUGCUACAGGACGGUUUCCAGUGAAUGACUGACUGCUGUGUCCCGAGGGUGCCAUAGUGACUGCUUGUCCUUGGUAAGGAAAGCGAGCUCCGUGGCCAUCCCGGUGUCCUGUAAACCAUCCAUCCAUCGCCGCACGAGCGAGGCUUUCACAUGAAAGUGUCUCUUGGGAACGGCGAAAUGGGCGUCUCUGCCCACUUGCAGCCUUGCAAGGCAGGAACCACACGGUUUUUCACCAGCAAUACUCACAGUGCAGUGGUAUUGCAAGGCUUUGAUCAGCUGAGAAUAGAAGGAUUGCUUUGUGAUGUAACCCUGGUGCCAGGUGAUGGCGAGGAAAUCUUCCCUGUACACAGAGCUAUGAUGGCGUCUGCCAGUGAUUAUUUCAAGGCUAUGUUCACAGGUGGAAUGAAAGAACAAGAUUUGAUGUGCAUUAAGCUUCAUGGGGUGAACAAAGUUGGUCUGAAGAAAAUCAUUGAUUUUAUUUAUACUGCAAAACUUUCUCUUAAUAUGGACAAUCUUCAGGACACUCUGGAAGCUGCCAGCUUUCUACAGAUUUUACCUGUUUUGGACUUCUGUAAAGUAUUUCUUAUUUCAGGAGUGUCUUUAGAUAACUGUGUUGAGGUUGGACGAAUUGCUAACACCUACAAUCUUAUAGAAGUAGAUAAAUACGUUAAUAAUUUUAUCCUGAAGAACUUCCCUGCUUUAUUGAGUACUGGGGAGUUUCUAAAGCUUCCUUUUGAAAGGCUUGCCUUUGUGCUUUCCAGCAAUAGUCUUAAGCACUGUACUGAGCUUGAACUCUUCAAGGCUGUCUGCCGCUGGCUGAGGUUGGAAGAUCCUCGGAUGGAUUAUGCUGCAAAAUUAAUGAAGAAUAUUCGAUUUCCACUGAUGACACCACAGGACCUCAUCAAUUAUGUGCAGACAGUGGAUUUCAUGAGAACAGACAAUACAUGUGUGAAUUUGCUUUUGGAAGCCAGCAAUUAUCAAAUGAUGCCAUAUAUGCAGCCAGUGAUGCAGUCAGACAGAACUGCCAUUCGAUCUGACUCUACUCACUUGGUUACAUUGGGAGGAGUUUUGAGGCAGCAGCUGGUUGUCAGCAAAGAAUUACGAAUGUAUGAUGAAAGGGCACAAGAGUGGAAAUCUUUGGCCCCCAUGGAUGCUCCUCGUUACCAGCAUGGCAUUGCUGUCAUUGGAAACUUCCUUUAUGUAGUUGGUGGUCAGAGUAAUUAUGAUACAAAGGGAAAAACUGCUGUAGAUACAGUGUUCAGAUUUGAUCCUCGGUAUAAUAAAUGGAUGCAGGUGGCAUCAUUAAAUGAAAAACGCACAUUUUUCCACUUGAGUGCUCUCAAAGGACAUUUGUAUGCAGUUGGUGGACGCAGUGCAGCUGGUGAAUUGGCCACAGUAGAAUGUUACAACCCAAGAAUGAAUGAAUGGAGCUAUGUUGCAAAAAUGAGUGAACCCCACUAUGGUCAUGCUGGGACAGUAUAUGGAGGUUUAAUGUAUAUUUCAGGAGGAAUUACCCAUGACACUUUCCAAAAUGAACUAAUGUGUUUUGACCCGGAUACGGACAAAUGGACACAGAAGGCUCCAAUGACUACAGUGAGAGGUCUGCAUUGCAUGUGUACAGUUGGAGACAAGCUCUAUGUCAUUGGUGGCAACCACUUCAGAGGAACAAGUGAUUAUGACGAUGUUCUAAGCUGUGAAUACUAUUCACCAACCCUCGACCAAUGGACACCAAUUGCUGCCAUGUUAAGAGGUCAAAGUGAUGUUGGAGUUGCUGUCUUUGAAAAUAAAAUCUAUGUUGUGGGUGGAUAUUCUUGGAAUAAUCGUUGCAUGGUGGAAAUUGUUCAGAAAUAUGACCCAGAAAAAGAUGAAUGGCAUAAGGUUUUUGAUCUUCCAGAGUCACUUGGUGGUAUUCGAGCUUGUACCCUCACAGUUUUUCCGCCUGAAGAAAACCCUGGGUCACCUUCCAGAGAAUCGCCUCUUUCAGCACCUUCAGAUCAUUCUUAGGUCCAAGGUAUAGUACCUUUACAGCGCAUCAUGGAUGAUCUCAUUGUUCCCCAUCAAUUGUAUUUUCUUAUGGUUGGUACAUUAUUAGACAAAAAGAUAACUUACAUUAUUUGUCUUGUUUUACUUAGUGUGUUUAUCAAACAUCUAACAAGUGCAUUCUGAAAAUGUAUUCAACAUAUCCAACUGUUUGAACAAAUGAAAAAAGAUCCAUAGAAAAGUAGAUGUCUUUUUGUGGUGUUAUAUAAGUCAAACUAUAUGUGACUGUAGUAAAUACAAUUACGUCCAUUAUGCUUCAAAGUUGAAUGUUUUCUCCUGAGUAAACAUCAUAGGGAGGCCACUUGCUCCAAUCUGAAAUAAUAAAAGGUUGCCAAGUUUAUUAGCAACCUCCCUCUUUGUGUAGAAUUUUGACACCUCUAACUAUUUAGGUCAUGUGAUUACAUUUAGAACAUAAUGAAGUGGCAGACAGGAGAAAUAAUAAAAAUACUAACUAGAAGAAAUGGUCCUAGACCCAAAUUUGAUCUCUCUCUAGAGUAAGAAAACAGAAAAAAUGUACACACAAUACAGAUAAACAUGACACACAUCUGUGUAUGUGUGUACAUGCAUAUAAAAUUUUUAAAUUGAUUAGCAUUUCAGUUUUAGUGAAGUUUUUAAAUUUAAUUUUUUUCUUCCGCAAAGCAGCUAUGUCUAUUUAAAUGAAAAUUCAGUACCAGAGAAUAAAUGUGUAUAUAGUCUUAUAUAGACAAAAACUUACAUUACUUUUUUGGCUUGUAUAUGAUUUUCUAUAGAGUUGUUUUUAUACAGAUUAUUUAGCAAAGUUCAGGUUUCAGAGAAUUGCUUUUGCCAUAAAUUUAACUCUGCUUUUUUUGCUCCAUAAAAUUUGUGAUAUAAAAAAACAAAAAAAACAUUCUGAGCAAAACUGUAGGAUUUUAAAUUCAGUCUCCCAACUUAGUCAUCCUCUUCAUGGUUACUUCGUGAUUGGGGUGAUGGCUGUCGUGCUGCUCAAGUCCUUGUGUAAGCAAAGGUGUGUGAUAGGCCUCAAGGCUGAGAUGUGAGCAAGCAGAAAGUAAACUCUUCUGCACCAAAUCAGAAAAAUGUUCUUUCAGACAUGUCUCAAAGACAGGACCAACUUCAGCUUCCCUAAGAAGCCAGCUACAGAAAGCCUCCAAAGUUCUCAGCAGUAAAGCAGAGCUUCACCCUUUUCAAUACCAAGGGUAUACCUACUGGUAUACCCUUGGUAUUACAUGGGGAAAUUUUAAUGGGAUUUUCCAGCAAAUACAGGAUCGCUCUGUAAUGAGUGAUUCUGAAGAGGCACUUUCCUGGAAUUAUUUUAUACAC